UUAUGUGUAUUUGCCCAUGUGGCAUCACUGUUAACACAAACCCAAUUCUGUUUUGACAGUUCGCAUGUUUUGUUUUGCUUGCGUUUUCUUUCUCCGUCGGCACGUGUGUGGGAUUGUAUGGCGAAUAAUUAUUAUUAAAAUUAAUUUAAAAAGUAAUAUAAAAUAAUAAAUUUAAUAUAAAUUGUGAAGGAACUUAAGUAAAAUACGUUCUGCGCAGAAACACAACACAACAAGUUGGUGGUUGAACAUAAAACGUGCGUUCCACAUAUAAAAUUAACGAAAUUCCUGAACGAAAUAUUUGAUUUAAAAUGGGAAAAACAAAGAAAGUAAUUGUGAUUAAAGAUAAAGAUGAGAAAAUAAAAAAUCCCGAAAAGUUUCGUUUACGCACAGAGGAGUCUGCAGUUUUGGAUAGCAAAACAAGUCAGAAAAUUUUGGCCGCCGCAAAAAAACAACACCUGGAAGAGAAGGAGGAAGAUGCCGGCUUCAAAAUAACCAAAAGUGUUAAGUUUGGCUUGGAUAACAAAAGCGAAGACAUCGAUGUUACUGACACAGACUUUUUCGAUGACAUACAAAUGGAUCCGGAAGAUAUGAAGACUUUUGAGCGAUUCUACAAUCCGCAAACUGAAAAGAAAACAUUCAAUUUGACUGAAGUCGUUAUGGAAAAAAUUAAAGAGAAACAAGCCGGCGUAUUGUCGAAAUUAAGUGAUGCUGGUUCAUUAGACAUUGAAGAUAUUGAUCCAAGGGUUAAAAGCAUGUACGAAUCUGUGCGAGAUGUUAUGAAGCGCUAUCGUAGUGGUAAAAUACCGAAGGCAUUUAAAGUCAUACCCAAAUUGAAAAAUUGGGAACAAAUACUUUUCAUCACUGAACCGCACAAUUGGAGUGCUGCGGCUGUCUUCCAAGGAACGAGAAUAUUUUGUUCGGUAUUGUCAGAACCAAUGGCACAAAGAUUUUACAAUUUAGUGCUACUGCCCAGAAUACGAGAUGAUUUGUGUGAAUACAAAAAACUCAAUAUGCACUUAUACAGUGCACUCAAGAAGGCUUUGUUCAAGCCGGCUGCUUUUAUGAAAGGCAUCAUCUUGCCACUAUUGGAAUCGGGUGAUUGCAACUUACGUGAAGCUAUUAUUUUCGGUAGCGUUAUAGCGCGCAACUCUGUGCCUGUUCUGCAUGCAUCUGCGUGUUUGUUGAAGAUUUGCGAAAUGGGUUACACUGGUGCCAAUUCCAUAUUUAUUCGUUAUCUACUGAACAAGCGUUACGCAUUGCCAUACCGCGUGAUUGAUGCUGCAGUUUUUCAUUUUCUGAGGUUUGAGCACGACAAACGCGAUAUGCCAGUGUUGUGGCACCACAGUUUACUCGUUUUCGUCCAGCGCUAUAAAAGUGAUAUCUCCUCCGACCAAAAGGAGCUUUUAUUAAAUCUUUUGCGUAAACAAUCGCAUCCAAAAAUUACUAGUGAAAUUAGAAGAGAAUUAUUGGCAGCAAAGUGCCGCGAUGUUGAGGCGAUGGAAUCCACUAAUACAGCUGAAACGAAUUCGAAUGCGAUGUACACAGAUUACAAGAUGGACGAUGAUUAGUUGGAAUGAAUUUAUAGUUGAGAGUUGAGAGAUAUUGUGUAGUGUGAUUUAAAUAUAACUUAUUUAUGUUAUAUAAAAAUUUAAUUAUUUCUGAAAUUAUAGAA